AUGGAAGUGCAGAAGGAGGCGCAACGAAUCAUGACCCUGUCCGUGUGGAAGAUGUACCACUCGCGCAUGCAGCGCGGUGGUCUGAGGCUGCACCGGAGUCUGCAGCUGUCGCUGGUCAUGCGCAGCGCCCGGGAGCUCUACCUCUCGGCCAAGGUGGAGGCCCAGGAGCCCGAGGUGUCCUUGACUCCCGCCCACUGCCCUGACCCUCGCCUGCACCCGCCGCGGGAAGCGGAAGCCGCAGAUGAGGCAGCGCCCUCCGACGGUGAGCAGCCCUCCCCGGAGCCCAUGGACACUCAGGAAGCUCCUCCGAGAGCCGAAGAGACCCUUGCUCGCUGUGCCCCGCGCUCCGCCAAAGUCAGCCGCAAACGGCGGAGCAGCAGCCUGAGCGACGGCGGGGACGUCGGACUGGUUCCGAGCAAGAAAGCCCGUCUGGAAGAGGAGGAGGAGGAGGAGGGAGGCGCAUCGUCGGAGGUCCCUGAUCGCCUGCAGCCCCCUCCGGCGCAAGCGGAAGGCGCCUUCCCCAACCUGGCCCGCGUCCUCCAGCGGCGCUUCUCCGGCCUCCUGAACUGCAGCCCCGCCGCCCCCCCGACGGCGCCGCCCGCGUGCGAGGCUAAGCCGGCCUGCCGCCCGACGGACAGCAUGCUGAACGUGCUCGUACGGGCAGUGGUGGCCUUCUGA